CAAGAGGAACCCGAGGGCGCAGACCCCGUCAUUUCUUGUGACUACGCGUACAUGAAUGAUGAUGGGGGCGAGAGCGCCACAAUGCCCAUGCUUGUCAUGAGAGACAGACCGACGAAGUGUUAUAUGGCGACUGCAAUCCCGAGCAAGGGAGUUGAUCUUUACGCGGUGAGAUUCUUUGCUGGGUGUGUCACAGAGCUUGGAUGGAAACGGCACGUAUCCAAGUCAGACAACGAGGCAAGCCUAGUGGCGCUGAAGGCGGCUGCAGGCGACGCGUUGCCUCGUGUGGAAAUGGUGCCACAGGAGAGUCCUGUCGGCGACCAUCAGGCCAACGGAGAGGCCGAAGUUGCUGCGCGGGAGGUCAAGCGGACGAUGAGGUCCUUGAAGGAGGCGCUGGAGGAGAGACUCCAGAAGCGCUUGCCUCGGACGCAUGACGUCUGGACGUGGCUUCCCAGGCGCGCGGCCGCCUGCCUGUCGAGGUACAGGGUGGGCGCCGACGGCUGGGCGGCCGAGCAGAGGAGAACCGGGAGGCGCUGGAACUUGAGUUCGGGGAGCGCAUCCACGCCCGGCUGGCGCAGGAAGAGCCGAGCUCCGGCUUUGCGCCCAAGAUGGUCGAGGGCAUCUACGUCGGGCACCACGCGCGCGCCGGCAGCUUGAUGGCGAUGACGGCAGCCGGAGCGGUGCGAGCCAAGACCUUCAACAAGAUGACGGUCGAGGAGCGCUGGAAGGCGGACUUCUUCGACGACCUCAAGGGCAAGCCUUGGGACAUGGUGCCGGGCGCGGGGAGCUCCGCCUCGGCCAGGCCUGCUGCAGCGGGUAGCCCCGCAGCGGCGGUGCCGCCGCCGCCGCCGCAGCAGCCGGCGGCGCAGCGCGCAGGAGGCGCAGGGGGCGCUGGAGGAGGAGUUCCAGGGCCGAGGAAGCUGUACAUUCUGAAGAGGGACGUGCAGGCGCACGGGUCCACGCCGGAGUGCGCGGCGCGCGGGCGCGUCGCUAUGGACCUGCCGGCUGGGGUGGCGCACGCAAAGCAGUGCACCGAGCGGAUGGCCGAGAGGAUCCGCGCAGACCCCGCGCAGAGACACCGCGUGGAGGCGCAGGCAGCUCGGCAGGAGCCGAGGCCAGACCAGGGUGCCGCAGAG